GAAGAAAUCGUCAAGAAGCGCGCAAAAAUGCUGGACUUUUCAAAAUCAAUUUUGCCAUUUUUGUUACUUGGCUAUUGCAUUUUGACAAGACAUUGUUGCAUGACCGAUUUCUAUAAAGAGUACAACGAUUUCGUUGAAGGAAUGUAUGGGUGUAAAUGUGUACCUUAUUAUUUGUGUAGUGCUGGCAAUACAAUUAUAACAAGUGGAAACCAUUUGAUAAACCCAAGGGAAACGGAACCUAGACGAAUUCACUGUAAAGGAUACAGCAAAGAAAUGAAGGUGUGCUGCGGAUCGGGAGGCAACAAUAACCCUAGUACCUCUGUAUACAAGAAUCCUACAGACAACAUAACAACAAAACAACACCACAUAAAUAAACUCAAAUGA